UGAAAUCUCCUUUUAGUGAAAAAACUCUAGAAAAUACAGAUUACAACUUGGGUGCCAUGGUAACUGGCUAGAGCCUAGAGUAGAGGAGAGCCCUUUUUACAGCCCCUUAAAAGAAACUUCCUAAGUCUCUUGUUUUGUAACUCCAGAUAAAGUUUUCGCUAGAAACGUGAAGGUUCCCUCCCUACCUACUUAGUCCCUACUCCCUAGCGUUUUCAUUUUAGGAAUACGAAUGCGAUUAGCAUCGCAACGUGCUGUAAUGCAACUAUCUGACGCUUCCUGUCAUCUUACAACAUCUUACCAACAUCUAUAUCAACAACAUCUUACCUGGCAAUCUGAGAAAUAUACCUACCAUUUAUUUUACACUAGAGGCAGGUAUUGAGUUUUUUUUUUGUAUAAAAGAGCCCUAGUUGCAGUCACUAUGUUUCGUACCUAACAGUUGUCACUGUCAUUGCAAGGGACAGUUUAGUGUUUCUGUCACCAUCGGUAUGGUGCUGGUCUGCUUCUCGGCAGAAAAGAUUUUAUGAGUUGAUUUGGUAUCAGUUAAGACUCAAGAGACAUGAGCUGCUGGACAGAGAAGCCUUGGCCAGCCUCCCGCUCUGAGGUUUGACUGUUCAGUGUUGACUGGCCAGUCUCCACGCCGGCCCCAGCUCCACUCCCCCUCGCCACUCCCCAGUCCUCGCCAUGCGCUCGUGUCCCCCGGAGGACGACGAGGACUGGGGUCUCUGCUCGGACCUGGACGACUCCGAGGAGGAGGUCGGGCUGCGCCAGGCCGGCGGGCCGCUCCGCUGCUGGCAGAGGGCCGGCUUCAAGCGGCUGACAAUCGACGAGCGCCGGCCGCCGGCCGUGCUGCCGGCGCGGUACUCGGUCAGCGCCUGUUGCGCCGUCUGCGGCCGCCGGCCCGGCGCCGGACACCCGCUGGCGCCGCUGUUCGACGACACCAGCUUCGUCAGCAUGGCCGACGUGGUGAAGGACGUGGUCGGACUGGAGUUCUCCGUCAGCACCAACCCGCACGAGAACGUCAUGUGCGGCGACUGCCGCGGCCACCUGCUGGCGCUGCACACCAUGCGCGGCUGGCUGGCCGCCCUGCAGAGACAGUUUGUCCGGAUGGUGGUCUGUACCAACAGCGGACGGCGCAGCGCCAAAAUACUCGUACCGAAGGCGUACCGCGGUGUGGACUUUUUCAGCCGUGAGGCGCCCUUCCUCGAGCUGCUGGAGAGCAGUGGUCGUACGGUGGAUGCAGUGACUCGAACAGAGCCAGGGCGGCAGAGAGCGGGUGAAGCGGGGACGGUAGGUGAGAGUGAGGACACCUCCGGGGUAGUGUCGGGUGCAGACAGUGAGCGGGUGACACGGACGGACCAAAGGAUCACUGAGUGUGGGGUGGAUGACUCGGAACAGUGUCAGACAGGCGCGGCGCAGCCCAGUGUGACGAGCAGUGACGCGGUGGGUGAUGGCGAGACGCAGAACCUGCUCGAUGAUGCUCCACCGGUAGUGGGCGAGACUGUGACAGUCGUGGAGAGCGGACAAUCCUCGGAUAUGGCUGUUGACGAGGCGCAUCAGAAGGAGGUUCCUUCAGCAUUGCGGCCACAACCCCUGCACCAGCCUGAGGAGCUGACGGGGUCCCCACAGCAGCAGCAGUCGCCGUCUUUUCGUCCCUCCGAACCACCGCUCCACCUGUCUCUGCCGCAGUCCGCUUCUGACCUUCACCAGCCUCCGUCCUCUCUGCAUCGCGCCGCUCUCACCCAGCCGCCAGAGCCUCCUCAGUCCGCCCCGGCCGCCCCCUCCACCCCGCCGCGGCCGGCGGCGACCGGUGCAGACGCCACAGACCCGGCCGGGCUGCUGGACCCGUUCGAGGAGUACUCCAUCAGUGACCUGCUGGUGCUGCGCUCUCCGCUGGCCGCCCGACCGCCCGCCGCCCCAGAGGGACCGCCGCCAGCCAAACUGAAGAAGAUCGCUCCCAAGAUUGAUCGAAGAGAUCUGCCACCGCAGCCGCCGCCCAUCGUUCUUAAUAUAAUGGCGGUGUCGGCUCCGGUCCAGGCCACCCCCAAUUUCAAGGCGAUCGUGCCCCGGCGGCCGGAGGACGACAGCCACCACCCCCGGGCCGUGGCCGGCGCGCCGACAGAGCCCGGUCGGCGAUCGCAGCGCCGCCUAGCGGCCACCGCCAGAGACUCGCGCCGUCAGCGCCGGGCCUUGGACGUCGGGCCAGCGCCGCCGGCACUGCCGUCACAGCAGCAGCAUCAACAGCAUCAGCAGCACCACCACCAGCAUCAUCAUCAGCAGCAGCAGCAGCCUCAGCACGAACGGCACCGGGACCCGGCCGGGUACCCCGAGCCGAUGGUGUUCUUUAAUCCUGACGGCAGCAUCCCGGCGCCGCCGUACAGUGCGCAGGUGGAGGCUGAGACGGCCGGUAUGGCGGCGGCGGGCGAGUACACUCAGCUGCAGACUGUGCCGCCGGAGCAGCCGCCCCCGCCCCCGCCCCCGCCCCCGCCGGAGCAGGCCGCGCCGCCACCGAGUGAGUACAGACACUCGGGUGCAUUCGCGGUGUCACACAGUGAGAUGGGCUGCUAUGAUGCGGACUACACCAUAUAUUUGGAUCAGGGAGUGCCGGAGGAACACGAUAGCACCCACCAGAGGCAGGAGACUGCUCAGGAGCGACCGGGCCGAGAGCACUCGUCGGCAGCGCCGCAGGCGGCCGCUGUGGAAAGGUCAAGUGCGUCGGACACUCACCAGGUGUCUCUAAAGAAUAGUUCAGAGAGCGAUUCUCUGUAUAGAGAGGUGCCUCGGAUCUGCAAACCGUGCGGGGUGCCAAUCAGCUACGAGAUGAUUCAGGUGCGGAAACAUUUGGUGGAGUUUCACAUGAGCCUGGAGAGGAACGACUUGACGGGGAGCACCCUGUACCGGUGCCGCGCCUGCCCGGCCAAGUCCACGUCGCUCGAGUCGCUGCGGAAACACUUCAGCACGACGCACGUGCGCGCCGCGGCGGUGGCGUGCGGCCGCUGCGAGCAGCUCUUCUCCAACCUGGAGGCUGUGCAGCAUCACAUCCGCAGGAAACACCCGCGUCGGACCGAGUGCCCCGAGUGCGGUCUGAGCUUCCUCACGGCUCGCUCCCUGCUUAUUCACCGGACCAAGACGCACCAGACGAAGGAGUCGCCCGCCGCGCACCGCCAGUCGCCGCCGCCGCCGUCGCUGCCUCCUGUCGCUGAUGAGGUGACCAUCGGCACGAGCGGGUAAGCGCGGGGUCGGUUAGACACCUGCUGAUGAUAGUGAACAUGUGUUGAAUGGUAAUUUGAACGAUUUUAUGUUGUGAAACAAGUGUGUGGGUUGAAGUUUGGACAGGAUGGCUGUUUGGACUAUUGACGGAAUGUCUUGUGGCGUCGUACCUCGUAAGCCUGGAUAUCGAGGUAUUGGACUUGUUCCAAUGUGUAACAUUCCUUUUAGAUGGCUGUGACUUUGAUCUUGACUCGCUGUUAGGUCUGUCGUUAUUUGUCUUCUCAUGAAACGGGUUAUUAUUAUCAUUUUCUCGUGAGUUGUAUCAAUAAAAUGGUAUUUUGCGCUAGAAUGACUGGUGUAUGGUACAUGCGUCGCUCCCAGCCCAUUGAAGUGACUUUCAGUCAAGUUGAAUGCGUUCAGGACGCAUGCGCUUGUUAUGAUUUUGAAUGAAAUAAAACCUUUUGAUAAAAUACGCAGUUGCAAGGUAUUCUCAGAGUCGUGAUACACUGUGUCUUUCCGUGUAGU